CUAGUCAGCUGCACGCUCCUUGGCUCCUUUCCAGCUUGCGUGAUGUCCGCUACGAGACUCGAAACAACAGUCACCUCGAAACGGCCGUCCGCGGACGAAGCAAGGACCUCCCGAGACGAAAGAUGCGCCCAUAAUGCACACAGAACUGUUAGAUACUGUCUUGGUCGGUCGCAGCAAAGAGGCGACAGCGCGGGAGAACAGCACGGCCGAGGCGGCGGCAACUGCAACAGCAGCAACAACAGCAACAGCAGCAGCGAGAACAGCAAAUAUGAAGGAAUUCGGGUCAGAAGGCGGGCAGAACGGGGAGGAAGCGAAGUGCCCUGUCGACCAUAAAACUCGGGAAUUGUGGCUGCAACAAGCACAGCAAGCGCGGGCGAGUACCAGGCCGACACAACCCUCACAAGCAUCGAGCACAACGCCCGAAUCCGCCGCCACCACCACCGCUUCCUCCUCCUCGUGGUCGUCAUGGCUGCGCGUCCCCUUCUUCUCCCGCCAGCCCCAAUCCCAACAAGCUACCGACGCUUCCCAAACCCCCUCGCCCCGAUCAACAGUAGCAGCGCCGCCGCGCGCGCACCCGCAGCUCGACGAGACGCGCGUCGUCUCCAGCAUCCCGCGCACCGCCGAUUCGGGCCCGUCGGCCUGCCCCGUCAACCACGAGCAGGAGACGGGCGCGUCGGCGAGCGGCCACUGGGUGUACCCGUCGGAGAAGCAGUUCUUCGAGGCGAUGCGGCGCAAGGGCUACGACGCGGCGGCGGCGGACAUGAAGACGGUGGUGCCGAUCCACAACGCGGUCAACGAGCGGGCGUGGGCCGAAAUUCUGAAGUGGGAGGCGCCCUACGUGGCGCCGGCGGCGGGGGCGGGGGCCUGCGCGGGCCCGCGGCUGCACAGCUUCGCGGGCCGAGGCACCGCCGCCAUGAGCCCCAAGGCGCGCAUCAACACGCUGCUGGGCUACACGGCCCCCUUUGACCGGCACGACUGGGUCGUGGACCGGUGCGGCACGCGCGUUGAGUACGUCAUCGACUUCUACGCCGGUCGCAAGGACGGCGCCGGCGCCGGCAAGCUCAACUUCUACCUGGACGUGCGCCCCAAGCUGAAUACCUGGGAGGGCGUCAAGAUGCGCGCGCUGAGGGCUGCGGGGCUGGUAUAAUAAUGGUCAACGGUGGUGAGCAGCGGCCUGUCACCCAGACGGAGAGGUUUCCAGGCUUUGUACGAAUACGGGGUGUUUUUUUUCUCACUAUUGUAUGUACCAUACCGCUCAACGUUUCUGGUCCAAAGACGAAGGGGAAGGGAUGGCGUUUGGCUCGGCUGCACAUCAUGUAGAGAGGGUUGGAAGCUAUAGAGAACUGCCGACCCAGGGCCAGCCCACCGAGGGUCGAAAUGGCGUGAAUGAUCAUGUUACGGGUGGUAUCUCGAGUAAUAAAAGAAAAACACGUGUGGUUUCCCGUGCGACAUAAACCAUAUCUUGACCCUUCCUUCAUAAAACCGUGCGCUCCCAACAUAUCUGUAUGCAACAGGAUCCCUGGAUAACCUACCCGGCAACGGCGUUCUACCCGGCAGCGGCGUUCAAAAUCUGCUAGUCAUUCUUCGCCUCCUGGUGACCGUGGCUCAGGAGGCGCGUCUGUUCCUUUUCAGAGAACGGGACAACU